UCAAUUUCACAGGCUGUAGAGGGGGAAGGAAUUUAUGGAUUGUUCUUCAUUUCUCGGAUAAACAAGCCAUUACCGCUACUUUUCGAGAAAAGUGGUUUUGUGCAUGGAAAGGCAGUUUUAUUAAGCGAAAGCGGUUUCAGGGUACGGACUAUAUCUGCAUUUCUCCUUCAUAUUGCCUGCAAAUUAUCCCUUCUCGUGGAAUGAUGAUUCUUAAGGGCGUUCUUUUAUUCUUGAAACCGGCUGUUUAUGUGAAGUGAGGAAAAAGCGGUUUGAACGGUGGUUUCUGGUGGAGAUUGGUGGUGUUUUGGUUUGCCCUUGAAUUGAGUGGUUUAAGUUGCAGAGGCUUGAGUUUGUGUUCUUUUUUUUGACGAAGAGGCUUGAGUUUGUGUUCUUGUGCAUGUAUCCUUUGGUAAUCCUGGAUUUGGAGGUCCUUGAAAGCGUUUUGGUGAAAGAAGAUCAGCAUUUGAUUUGUUAGCUAGGGUUUGAGCGGUUUUGUGAAGAGCGGCAUUGGCUUUGAUGACUGGAUAUUGGCUGUUUUGUUAAGCCUCUGUUGAGGAGAAAGAUCUGGGGUAGAUUUCUUUCUUAAUCGAUAGCUCGGUGAAGCGAUUUCUGGGAAAGAUAUUGGAUUAGGUUUUGGCAAAGCACUUCAAAGUGACAAAGGGAGGAGCAGUGGUUUUUUGAGGUUUUUUUUAUGUGAAAAGAAAGGAUCGAAGCGAAAGAUGAAGUUUAGAAUGCCUGUUUUGCUCUUGCUUUGCUUUAGUGUACUGGCUCCAAUAGUUCUUUACACUGAUAGAUUGGGAAGCUUCAGCAGUUCUAUAGCAAAGGCUGGAUUCAGUGAGGAAUUUUCCCCAAUUAAUUAUGGGCGGGACAUUAACAAAUUAAAGGUUCUUCCUCAGGAAUCUGUUAAUGCAUUGAAGGAACCAAGUGGGGUUGUUUAUUUGUCAGAUAAAGACCCUUCAGAGGCCAUCUCUGUAAAAGAAGAACCAAAAAUGGCAAGAUCUAGGGUGUUGCAAUCAAAUGUUAAACCAUUGGAAGUGGAAACACACAUUGAGCAAGUAAUAGAUAAAGUUCACCGUGAAGAGAAAAAUGGGCAAGAAAUUGCUGGUGAUUCUCAGGCUGAGACCAUUGAAGAAAGCCAACAGGUAUUGUUGCAGUCGAAUGAACAGAAAAUAGGUGCGAAAAGAGAGGAACAGUUUGGUCAUCAAGAUGCCUCUAUAAAAGAGGAAAUUGGGCUGAGUUCCAGAACUGAUGCAGAGAAACAGGAACCGGACAAACCAGAGAUCGAGUCUGGCAAAUCUGAUCCUGAUGGGCCUUCACAACCCAGCCCCGAGAGGCAGAAUGAUAAUAAGAAGCCUAUGCCAGAUGCUCGUGUCCAUCAUCUUCGUGAUCAACUAAUCAAGGCCAAGGUUUACCUGAGCCUCGGAACGACUCGAAGCAACCCUCACUUUAUCAAGGAGCUUAGAGUGCGCAUCAGGGAGGUUCAAAGAGCACUAGGUGAUGCAACCAAGGAUUCUGAACUUCCAAGGGGUGCUUAUGAUAAAUUGAAGGCAAUGGAAGAAACAUUGGCCAAGGGCAAGCAGAUCCAGGAUGACUGUGCUGCUGUCAUAAAGAAGCUGCGUGCCAUCUUGCACUCAACUGAGGAGCAGCUUCGAGUUCACAAGAAACAAAGCAUGUUCUUGAUGCAGCUGUCUGCAAAAACCCUACCCAAAGGCCUACAUUGUCUUCCCUUGCGCCUUACAACUGAGUAUUACUCAUUGAACUCAACUCAGCAGCAGUUCCCAAAUCAAGAGAAACUCGAAAAUCCCAAUAUCUAUCACUAUGCUUUGUUCUCAGACAAUGUAUUGGCAGCAGCAGUGGUUGUAAAUUCUACUGUUUCUAAUGCCAGGGAUCCUAGAAAUCAUGUCUUCCACAUAGUCACAGACAGGCUAAACUAUGCAGCAAUGAGAAUGUGGUUCAUAGCUAACCCUCCAGGCAAAGCUACAAUUCAAGUUCAGAGUGUUGAAGAGUUUACCUGGCUGAAUUCAAGUUACAGUCCAGUCCUAAAGCAACUUGGUUCUACAUCUAUGAUCGAUUACUACUUUAGAACCCAUCGUGCAAACCCAGAUUCCAAUCUCAAAUAUCGGAACCCCAAAUAUCUUUCUAUAUUGAAUCAUCUCAGAUUCUAUAUGCCUGAGAUUUUCCCAAAGCUUCACAAAGUACUUUUCUUGGAUGAUGAUAUUGUGGUGCAAAGGGAUCUUACUCAACUGUGGAAGAUCGAUUUGAAAGGGAAGAUCAAUGGUGCAGUAGAGACAUGCAGAGAGAGUUUUCACCGUUUUGAUAGAUACCUCAACUUCUCUAACCCUUUGAUUUCGAAGAAUUUUGAAGCGCAUGCAUGUGGGUGGGCUUUUGGAAUGAAUAUUUUUGAUUUGAAGGAGUGGAAGAAGCAGGAAAUUACAGAGAUCUACCACUCAUGGCAGAAACUGAACAAUGACAGGCAGCUGUGGAAGCUGGGGACUCUACCGCCUGGCCUGAUUACAUUUUAUAACCGGACUUUCCCCUUGAACCGGGGAUGGCACGUUCUUGGCCUUGGCUAUGACCCCAGUGUGAACCAGAGAGACAUACAACGAGCAGCUGCAAUUCAUUACAAUGGAAACUUGAAACCAUGGCUUGAGAUCGGGUUGCCAAAGUUUCGUGGUUACUGGCAAAAAUACAUCAACUAUAAUCAACCAUACUUACAAGACUGCAAUAUCAAUCCAUAAAGCAGGAAUCUCUCUCUCUCUCUAACAUCAUUAACUGUGAUUUUGAGGUCUAGCUCUCUUUUUGUUUGCCUUUGUUUUUUAUUUUUAUUUUUUAUAAAUUUUUGGUAGAUUUUGGAGUUGCGGUUCUCCAUUCUUUCUGCGGAUGCCUCUUUAUAAGUGUAUCUACAGUCUCUCAAAGAUUCGUUAUAGGCUUUGUUUUUUCUUUCUUCUGCAGAUUUGCAGAUGUUCAUUGUACAUUUUUCACAUAUCAUACUGCAGUAAUUGGGUUUUCAGGCCUUUUAACAAUGUUUCUCUUUAUUCUUAUCAAUAGUAAAGGGAGAAAGUAUUGUAUCUUA